AUGACAAAACACCAAACAACCCAGAAUGGCUGGUCAUCCGGUCACUCCAAUGGCCAUUCAACCGGCCAGACUCCCGCUGACUAUGAGGAGAUGGGUAGAGAGCUGUUGCAAAACAUGAAGACCUAUGGAGACUAUCUGAAAUUGGAAGGCAGCGACAUGCCUUCUUUAUCACCCAGCGCAUUGGAUAAUGUUCAUUGCACGAGCGAGCCAGGUGAAGUGGCGAGGAUAAGGGUGGUUGAGCUUGCCCAGCAGAUCCUAGCAACUACAAUGGAUCCAGGCAUGAACCUUUUGAUCAAUUCUCUGCAGUUCCACUUCUGUUCAUGCUUGAAAGUAGCCGUAGACCUGAGAAUUGCUGAUAGCAUUCCUAAGGAUGGCUCAGUGUCAGUGAAAGAGCUGGCAGCUGCCACCGGAGCACAUGAGGCGCUUCUCGUCCGCAUAAUGCGAGUUCUCACUACCAAAUAUGUAUUUGCUGAGCCUGAUCGCCAUCGUUACAGCCACACAGCCAUGUCAUGGAUGAUGCGCGGAACAGAUCAAAAAUACCUCCUCAACCACAGACUAGACGAAGGCUUCCGUUCUGCCAGCAGACAAGCCGACGCUCUCAAGCUCAGUGGCUAUCGCGAACCAGUUGUUGGUGAUGAGUUUGGAUUCAACUUGGCGUUCGGAAGUGACGGUAACUUCUGGGAAUACAUUACAAAUGUCGAACCCAAGCGCGGAGCCGACUUUAACCAUGCCAUGAAGGCAGUCAACAUCAACAGCCUGAGCAUCAUCCCUGAGCUGUAUCCCUUCGACAAGCUCGCUGCUACUGGAGGCCUAAUUGUCGACGUUGGCGGCGGCUUGGGCCAAGUAGGCCGCGAGAUUCUUCAACACUAUCCCGGCAAGGGUCUGCGGUGUGUGGUCCAAGACCAAUUCGCGCCCGUCAACUCAACCAACGGGCACGCCAACGGUAAAUCCAACGGUGUCAAUGUCGACAUCUCAGCGACCUCUGACGACGACGUCACCCUACAAAGGCACAACUUCUUCGAUCCACAACCGAUCAAAGGUGCCUCGGCAUACUUCCUCCGUCACAUCUUCCACGACUGGCCCGACCACGCCUGCAUGGACAUUCUGAGACAGAUUGUCCCUGCCAUGGACAAAGAUAGAAGCCGAAUCUUGAUCUGCGAUCAAGUCAUGAACGAGCAAACGCCCACGAUUCCAUCCAUAUUGUACGAUAUUGAUAUGAUGAGCAUGUUUGGAGGCAAGGAGCGGCAGCUGUCGGAGUGGGAGAUCCUCAUAGCGAAGACGGACAACCGCCUCCGCAUUGCGGAUGUCUGGAAGUCAACUACGUCUCCUACUGCGAUUAUAGAGGUUAGACUUUGCUAG